UUCAUCCUUUUAGUUGUUUUGUUCCUGGUAUUGUAGAAGAACUGAAUGUCUGCGCUGAGAAUUGAAAGAAAUGUAUCAAAUAUGCAUUGGAUUUUGUGUGAUUUUGUCCAUCUUUGAUGGGUGCUUUUCACAUACCUUCUACCGAGAAGGACAGGAGGUAAUAAUCGAUUGUGACCCCAAACAGCACAGCGUCAUUACAUUCUGGUUUAAAAUAAACAAAAGUGGUGCAAAGCAUUUGCUCACUUUUAAAGGCAUGGAUGUAAAGGAUAAUGUUGAUAAGGAAAAAUACAGCUUGAACAAAAAUGCUCCAAGUAAAGUUAGUUUGGCUGUUAAGGAUUUCAAGAAACAAACAGACAGUGGUGUGUAUACCUGCGCAGCCAUGAACAGCAAUAAACUCUUCUUUGGAGAGCCAAUUGAAAUUAAAGGAGAACCAGAUCCAGCAACACCACCUCCAAAAAUUGAUCCAGCACCACCGAAAACUACAACACCGGUGAUUACGACAAAAUCACAGUGUAAAUGUGCAAAAGGCCCGAAGCCCAGCAUCAACUGUGAGACUUGGAUAUUGUCAUCUUUGGCCUCUGGUUGUGGUGUUCUCCUCAUUCUGCUGGUCUUCAUAAUUUUGUACUGCAACCGUUUAAGAACAAGACGAUGUCCCCACCAUUACAAAAGACAACCCAGACCUGCUGGUCAUGCAAAACUGCCCAACAGCCAUUUCUAGCUCCAGUAAAGACACAGGAAAUCCAGUACUGGUUAAAGAUAUCUUUGAUUUAAUUUCUUCUCAAUAAGCAAAGUUAAAAGCAGUUUCUUCUUUCAUGAUUAUUCAGACUGU